CGUCUUCCAUUUGAGAGAGAGAAAAAGAAACACUUUCCCAAAAGGAGUCAUUCGUUCAGUAGAAGUCAGGGCCUAAGCAUCUUCUGUUAUAGAAGUAGAGAGAGAAAGAAAAGAAAAUUGUCUGCAGAAGGGAUAUGUUUUUAAUGGAAGUGACCCAGCCGUCUUCCAUUAUAGAGAAAUGAAGUGUUUUCCAAAAGGUGUAGGUACUUUUAUCACCAUGAGACGCCAUACCUGCUCAGCAUACCAAGAUCCCAGUUUUGGCAGAAUGCUUCGCCGGCGCCUGGGCGUGGUCUUCACGGCCGCCCUCCUCACGCCCGCGUUCGUGCUGUUCUUCAUUAAUUCUCCAGACCUGAGCGGAGAGCAGGUCCUGGUCCAGCGGAUAGCCGAAUUGCGUGAGCGCCUACAUCACGCAGAGAUGCUUAAUCAGGAAAGGUUGCAUGACGUCAUCGUCCUGUCCCAGAAGUUCAACAUACUUACUCAUGCAGGCGUCGGGAACCUGACCAACGGCAGGAUUCCCAUCCUGUCUCAAGAGACGCGGGAACUCCUAGCGAACCUGAGCCACACCCCUGACCUCCACCUGCCUUCCAUAUAUAGCUACCUGCCCCAUCUCCUCCACACGCCAGAUGCCACGACGCCUGCCUUCAAGCUCUCCAAGGGGCGUCACUCAGCCACCAUGGUGAUGGGCGUGCCAACGGUAAAACGCCAGGUACAAAGUUACCUGAUGACGACCCUGAGGAACUUGAUCGAUUCCAUGAGUAUCGAGGAGAUGGAGGAGUGCAUCAUCGUCGUCUUCGUGGCCGAGUGGGACUUAGACUACGUUCAUCAGGUUGCUUCCCAAAUAGAGAGACAAUUCCCCGAGCAUUUAGAGAGCGGUCUGCUGGAAGUCAUAUCUCCCCCUGAAGAGUUCUAUCCAAACAUGGAUAAACUAAAACAGACCCUUGGGGAUCCCAUGGAAAGAGUCAGGUGGCGAACCAAACAAAACCUUGACUUUGCCUUCUUGAUGAUGUAUGCACAACCCAAGGGGACAUUUUACGUGCAGUUAGAAGACGAUAUUCAGACAAAAAAAGGUUACAUAGCAACAAUGAAGAAGUUUGCACUCCAAAAGACUUCUGAAAAGAAAAACUGGUUUGUCCUCGAUUUUUGUCAACUAGGAUUUAUAGGGAAAAUGUUCAAGUGUGUAGAGCUUCCCUACUUGGUACAAUUUUUCAUCAUGUUUUAUAAUGACAAACCUGUGGAUUGGCUUCUCGACUAUCUAAUACAAACCAAGAUUUGUAACCUGGACAAAGAUACUAAGCACUGUAAAAAGGCGAAGGAAAAUGUCUGGAUUCAUUUCAAGCCAUCUUUAUUCCAACACAUAGGGACCCACUCGUCACUCAAGGGCAAAGUGCAAAAGCUGAAGGAUAAGCAGUUUGGAAAAGUUCAGUUGUACUUUCCACACGAUAAUCCUUCUGCAGCUGUCGAGACCCAAAUCAAACCUUACAAAACGUACACUUUGCAACGAGCAUAUCGAGGAGAGUCCUACUUCUGGGGUUUACUACCUCAGCAGGGUGAUAUGCUGCAGUUUACCUUUGAUCCUCCAAUAGUUAUAAAAGGAUACCUUUUUCGAAGUGGAAAUGUUGAACACCCUUCUGAUCGCUUUUAUAACACCACAGUAGAAGUUCUACCUGUACAACCUCUGUCUAAUCUUGAAGACGUACAAAGUGGAAAAUACAAAACCACAGAGGACAAUUUUAUAGUUAUUGGUGAUUUUGAUGACAUGGGUGUUGCAGAGGGCAAAAUUUCAGAAAGUUUUGGAGAAAUAAAAACUUUACGUCUCAGUAUUCAUGUGGAAAGUGAAAACUGGGCCAUACUUAGUGAGAUUCAUAUUGAAACGGCAGAAGCUAGGUGACCAGACGCCCUCCUGGCAUUCACCCUCUGGUGCCAGUGUCACAGCGUAUCAUGCCAGCAGUGACCCUGGCUCCUCUCCUGUCUUCAUUCAAACAUUUUGUUUGUGUUCAAAGCAUCACAAGUUUCAUCAUUCACUAAUUUAGUACACAUUUAAGUUGUUGCAUUGCUGUGUAUAUACUGUAUAGGUUUAUAGAAAUAGCGAUGCAUGAGUUAGUUGUGUAUAUAGAGCUGAAGAUUUAUAUACUAUUGCAUUUUUUAGGGCACACUUCAUAGGAUGAGAUUGACUGUAGGCAAAAUGUCAAAAUGUUUCAUUUGUCAUUUUCAGAAGGGUACUGUUAAUUUUAUAUUAUUCAUUAAUGCUUGAAGCAUUAUUUUAAAAACUUAACGGGUGAUAAGUCAUGUGAUCAGCAAUGUUAAGAACAUUUAUAGAAUUUAUAUUGACUGUGCUAUUAUGAUAAGUAUAGUAUACAGGAAUCUUGUUAACUAUUUAAGGUUUCUAGUCGACACCAGCGACUGGAUAUCUUUGAAUCUCAUAUCUCAGAACUAACCAGUGACUUCAUUGAUCUGUAAAAUGAUGAGAAUGAUCUAAGAUUUGUGUUCAACUUAUGACACUAAGUUACCUCAUACUCUUAACAUUCUUACAUUAGAUAUGAAGGUGAUUCAGGUAAAAAUAUUAGAAAAAUAGAAAAAUCAAGAAUAAGGUGAUUAGGGAUUACACAAGGGGCCUUAAGCUUGUUAAUAGCUUUUGUGUGUGUGAUCAAGAAUUCAGCACAGGCUAUGGAAGUAUCCUGCUAAUACGUAUAUUGGAAGAAGGUCAAAGUAAAGUCUUAAAAUGUAUUUUUGACUAAAUUCCAUAAAAAAUGCUAAGGAAAUAUCUAGUUUACAUGUUAAAUGUGUGACAUGUUUUCAUAGGUAACUGUACAAAUUGUUCACUAGUACAUAUAUGGUUAAGUAAAAAUAAGAAUCAUUAAUGCACAAUGGGGACAUGCCUGUCGUUUACAAGAAAUAUGGAAGUUUCAGUGAAAUCUAAGCACAUUAGAUUGAUUAAUUUAUUGUAUACGUAUAUCAAAAUUUCCCUAUUCUUUAUAUCAGUCAGUCAUAGCUAGCUGCUGGAGGUAAUUUGUAACUUCAUAAGAAGAAGAAGAGGCAUCAGAUAUUUGUAAAACCAAUCAAUGUUACGGUUAAUAAUACUUUACAGACUGCUAUAACAGUACUUUUUCUUGACCACAGCAGUGACUUAGCACAAUGUGAACUGUAAAUAUUGAAUAGUAAUGUUGCCACUUUUUUCACCAAAUUACAUCAUGCUCAUUACAGUUUUCCAGAAGUUAUUGUGCUAAUAUUUUGACAGUGUAAUGGAAAUUUCACACUGUUGGUUAAAUUACAUUUAAGAGCUGAAUUUAAUGCUAACCAUAUAAAAAAGGUUAUCAGUGCCCCCAACAUGCAAUGUUUAUGACACUGUAGUACCAAAGUAAAUCAUGUGUAAUGGUUUAAGAAAUGAUCAUAGGAUAUUACAUACCCUGUGCUGAGAAUAAUUCUUAAUAGUACUUAAAUAAUACAUAUCUUUGUAAAUAAGCACAUAAGGAAUAUGCUGUCAAGAAUUUCCAUAUUGAGAUAUUAGGUGAACAAUGCUAAGAAACUGAACAUUGUUCUAAUGUACAUAAUAGCAUCAAGAGCAGACUACUACUGGUUUUGUCAGGUUCUUAUGGAGCUCAAAUAUUCAGAAUUUAUUUCUUGCAUCUUCUUACUCUUUAACUUCAAGGGAGGCAUCAAUAGUUGUUAGCCAAAAUUCUGGUUGUGCAAAUCCUGUGUGUAUUCAGUCUAUUCACACAGAGGAGUCAAUGUACAGUAUGUAAUCACAUAAGCAGAAGAUUAUGCUGUAUUCUUGUCUCAGUAACAGGUGCCAUAGUGUCCAAAACAUUAGGAAAUUACCAAGUUUUAAUUUGUCCUUAGUUUUAUUACUAGUAGAUAUUUUUUAUUUGUUAAUGAAAUACAGAUUUUUAUAUUUUUCAUAGGAUAGUAGUUAUACUAAAUACUAUACUACCUACACUUAUUUUGUUCACAAGUCUUCAGGCUUAUGAGUAUCAAACUGAUAGCUAUUUUAUUGACUUUUAAACAGUGCAAUAUACUAGUAUAAUGAGAAAUAGUGUUUGAAAUCUUGUGAGCUUACUUCCCCAGUUUACAAUAUUAGGUGCUCAACAUAUUUGUUGCAUAAUUGUCAUAUUUCCCUUGUGCAUUAAAGUUGUUGCUUACAGCCAUAAUCUAAGAUUCAAAGGUACUGUGAUAGUUUUAUUGCUAAAAACAAUUUUAGUGCAUAGAAGAAAAAGAAAUGUUAAGUCAUUUUUCCAAGCACAGUAUACAUAAUUUUCUAAGCCUUAAAAAUCUAGACACCUAUCAACAAAAAUUCUAGUUUAACCUUGCCUGAAACUUGAACUAUGAACCAUCACUAUACCAGUGCCUGUCACUCUGCUCUUCAGUUUUUUGUUUCCUGAUAAAAUUUUGUACACACGUGUAACUACCAAAAAAUAUCUUUUUUGUUUGUGUUCAGUUAAGCUCUUAGUUGUUCUCUGUUGAAUGGCAUUGAUCUUUCUUACCUCGACACUGGUGGAACCCUAAUCACUUGACCUGCAGUUGUUACCCUAAUGUGGGCAUUCUCUUUGCACUCACUACGUAGUUUUAGCCUAUACAAAGAAGAAACAGCUGUCAGUUUGAUGUUUGUGCUUACAUGACACAGUCCAUCAUUAUUUCAUACAUUACCCACAUUCAAAGAAUGAAGCAAAUACCAUUGUCACUGUAUACAUGCAUAAGUUUGAAGAAGCAAGACUAACCCAAACUGUUUAAUUAUUUACUGUUAAUUGAUACACUUAAGGAAAACUAACCUAUUAAAAUAACUUCUCAUCUCUAUCAUUCAUCAAACCAAUGGCACCUUGCUCCACACUGUUCCAAUGUUUAUGUCAAGAAAGAUUCUUCACUUUUUAAAAUAUUUCCUAAACAUAAUUGUUAUAAGACCUUUAUACACAAAAAGCAAUUGUAAGAGUCUCCAUACUUUUUUCACAGUGAUCCAACUAGCCUCCAAGCAAAAGCAAUCUCCAACAUAUCUUGGGAGAGUACCAUAGAUCUGGGGAUCUAUGGACUUUGUAAUACAUAUUCACCAAAACCACUUGACCAUUUCUGAUUCCUCAUGUGCUUCAGCUAUGUGAAGAGUCUGCAUUUGAUUGUGGUCAGUUUAGAAGUGGUACAGUUUAGUUGAAAAAUAAAUGAGGGUGUAUAAAAAGGCUGACCAGUUUUUGGGAUGCAUCCUUUUUGGUUUUGGCCUUUGCUGAACAUCAAUUUUGUUAUUAUUGUAAGUACUGUAGUUUAAGAAACAACUUUUCUAAAGAAGUCUGGCUGUUCCAUGGAAAGAGAACGUACAAGAAAUAAAAGACAAAAAGAAUGCUCAAAGAUCAACAACUUAGAGGAAUGUAAUUAGUAUACUACUGAUUUGCAACAACAAAGAGAAUGGGAGAAGCACAAACUUCUCAUACUGACUGUUGUAUUUUUCACUACAGAAACAACAGUGCCAAAGUGAAAACUGUGAGGUCCGCUAGAUGCAUGACUAGAUAACCCAAUUUCUUAGGCAUAAGCAGUAGGAAGUGACAACUAAGGCAGAGGAAAUAACCUUGCAUGGAAAGGCCGGUCUAGCAGCACAACACAAGGCUCAGAUAAUGAGUGGAAAGGAGGCACCAAUGGAUAUACUAGUAUGUACUGUAAUAGUUUUUUGGGAUCAGAUUGAUGUUUGGGAGAUUGAAGAAGCUUCCAUUGCUAAUGGGAACACUGUAGUGACUUCAUUUUUUUCUUGUUAUGAAAUGCUGGCACUGUUGUCAGAAAAGGCUUGGUAGUCAAGGUUUGUGUCCAUUUCAGGACUGAUUUUGACCAGGUCUUGCAUGGAAAAGGAUUCAUGUAGCAAGGUACCCCAUGUCCAGAAUGGUUUUGAUUGAGCAAAUUCUCUGAUAAUGUUGUGGAAAUUUAAAAUAGUAGUUUUUAACAAGCAAUGAAUAAUAGAAUAUUGUAUGAGUUGUCAUAAUAGCUCAGCCUAAGAAAAUGAUGGUGCAAGGGAUGGCACAUUUCAUGGCCACUGAAUAAGUCUCAACUCGGUUAAAGGACCAGUAAGACAUGGCUGUCAGUAGAAUAUAAAUGCACAAAGAUGACACACAUCCCCUCUUAUUAAAGGAAAGGAAGAUCAAAAGGAAGCUGAAGAAUAAUAGUAAAGUCAUCAGAACUUAGCCUGUCCAAGACAGAAGGACAGGAAAUGUCUCAUUUAAUACACACCUUGGCAGAGUUCUUCAGUAAACACCAUGUGUUUACAAGUGAUAUGAGAACGGAUUGAAGAAAUUCCAUAAAUUCUGUUGUUUAAGUUACCUUAAGAAAGAAAAUCAUAGUUACACAGGACAAUUUGGCUGCAGAUUCCUUUGCAAGAACUCCUAAAGUGAAAUAUGCAUGUGUGCUUGUUCAUCUGCAGGAGUGGCAGGGGCUUUGAGGUAGAUUGCAUAUGUAUUUCAGCCCAUAUGUUAUGCGUUUUUUUUGUGAGGAAGGCUCAGGUUGGAAAUACUACAUUAUUUUUCACAUCAUCCAUUGUCAUGCUUGAGAAAUUAGCACCAGGCUUAACAGAAAACAGAAAAAAAAUUGUCAGAGUUACAACAGUUCUUUGUUAUUUUACUUUAGACCAACUUGUAGAAUUGUGGAAUGUAAAUGCCCAGUUUAACAAAAUAUGGAUAGUACUGUCUGAAUCUUCUUAAGACAGAAUCACGCCCACUGAAACAGAUCUUUGUUGACUUCUCAAUAAAGCUUCAGUAGAUUGAAAAACUAUUGCAAGAAACAGUGUGAAGAUUACUAAACGUUUAUGUAUCUACUCAUAUGAACAUGGAUGAAUAUAGACUAGUGGGUCUAAGGUAUAUCGUGGGAUGUAAUGAAUUGGCCUUCUUUCAUUGUAUAUACCUUAUUGCCAUGCUAGCUAUAGACAGAAUGUGUGCAUGGAGUGCAGAGGUGGGAAUAUGUAAAUGAAAAUAUUGAUGGGAAAACAUUUUAUUGUUCUUGAUUGGCAGGGAGCUAUGACAAUGGUACUUCACUUGUCUGUACGAUAGUCAACAUUAAGUAAUUUUGAAAGCAUUCAAAAUUGAAUCAAUUCACAUAAAGGGCUGUGAAGUACCAAGUAUGUACUGUAAUAUCUUUGAAGAGCAGUACUGAUAAAUUCUCAAGAACUUUGUGAUCAACAAAACCAUUAUUAUUUUAUUUUUGUUCCAUAUGAGGUGGCACAAAAAAUGUUCAGCUCCUUUUUCAGAUCGAGAAUAACUAGCAAACAUGUUUGGAACAAAAUAGCAUAUUCAGUUACUGCUUUUUGUAUCUUUGAAAUAUUUUUAUGCAUAUACAUGUUUAAAGAGCAACAUACAGAACGGUACUAUUAUUGUAUUGCUGUAAAAGAUGAAUACAGUAGGAUCCUAUUAAAUUUCAAGUGAGGUACAUUGUGUGGAGCAAGGUGAAGUAGGUAGUCCCUGUUUUUGGUGCUGGGAAAGGCAUAUUGAAAAACAUUUAACUGACCUUAAGUCGUUGAUGACUGCCGUACAUUUUUUAUACUGUGCAUAUUACCACUUUUUUUCAUUUUCAUUGCCAGCCUUGAGUUAUGUACUGUGGUUAUAAUUUAUUGAUGUAAUUAAGAAAUAAACUGUAUAUUUUGUUAUAAA